AUGAACUUUCGUGAUGUUGAUCUCUCUUCAGAUAUUAAAAAUCGUAUUAUUUCCUUACACGAGUACAACUAUGGAUACAAAAAAAUUGCCAAGAAACUUGAGAUUAGCAAGAACACCGUUGCUAAGAUUUUGGAACCGGUCGGGUUAGCUCGGGAGGAUGGUAAACGUCCUGAUGGUCUAACGACCUUCCCCUUUGAAAAUGGCAAGUCUCUCAUCUGGGACGCUACUUGUACGGAUACCUUCUCCGCCGGGAACAUCUUGACGUCAGCUUCAGAGCCGGGCUCCGCAGCUAACCUGGCAGAAACGCUGAAGAUCAAAAAAUACGGCGCCUUAUCGCACCGUUAUAUUCUCGCCCCGGUCGCAGCGGAGACGUCGGAUUUUCCCAGAAAUAUUCAACGCUCUCCUCAUACUUUAUCCCAAAAAUUGGAUAAAAUUGUUUUUGAGGCUUUCACCAAGACAAGGGAAGAAUUUAUUCCUGUGUCCGGUCCUCUUUUAAAAAAUAUUGCUUCCAAAGUAGCAAGGAUGUUGAAUUAUUCGGCGUUCAAAGGGUCCAAUGGCUGGUUGGAAAAAUUUAAGAAAAGACAUAUGUUGUCAUUUAAGACAAUUAGUGGAGAGAAAAAUUCUUCCGAUGUUUCUUCGCUUGAUAUGUUUUUUUCCAAGUAUGAUGAAUACGUAAAAGAAUAUGGUCUUCAAAAUAUUUUUAAUUGCGACGAAACUGGGUUAUAUAUUAAAAGGAUACCUUCAAAAUCAUUUGUAAGUUCGGAUGAAGAUUGUUUCGGAAUUAAAAGGAGUAAAGAAAAAUUUACUAUUCUUUUGUCGGUCAGUGCUUGUGGCGAAAAAUUGAAGCCAUUGUUAGUAGGAAAAUAUAAAUCCCCACGUUGUAUGAAAAACUUUAACCCUGAAGAACAUGGAGUUUCAUAUUCAUCAUCUAAAAACAGUUGGAUGACAUCAGAAAUAUUUAUUACAUGGCUCACCAUUACAAAUGAACAAAUGAUUACGCAAAAGAGAAAAAUUGUUUUGUUACUUGAUAACGCAAGCUGUCACAAAUAUAUCCAUCUUUCCAACAUUGAAUUGUUUUUUCUCCCAAAAAAUACAACCUCAUUAAUUCAACCGUUAGACAUGGGUAUUAUUAAAUCUUUCAAGUCCAAUUAUCUUAACGCUUUAUUGGAUUUUACUCUUUAUUUUGAGGACGUUGAGUUACAAAUUGUUAAUUUAAAAAAAUAA